AUGGCGUCACAAAAGCGCUCCUCCCAGAGGCACGGAUCCAAGUACCUGGCCACAGCAAGUACCAUGGACCAUGCCAGGCAUGGCUUCCUCCCGAGGCACAGGGAGACGGGCAUCCUGGACUCGCUGGGGCGGUUCUUUGCCGGUGACAGGGCUGUGCCCAAGAGGGGCUCCGGCAAGGUGCCCUGGCUCAGGCCGGGCGGAAGUUCUGUGCCCUCUCCUCCCCACAGCGUGCCCGGGCUGUGCUCUGUCUUUCAGGACGGCCACCACGCGGCCAGGACCGGCCACUAUGGCUCCCUGCCCCAGAAGUCGCAGCAUGGCCGGCCCCAGGACGAAAACCCUGUAGUGCACUUUUUCAAGAACAUUGUGACUCCUCGCACACCACCUCCGUCCCAAGGAAAGGGGAGAGGAUUGUCCCUCAGCCGAUUUAGCUGGGGAGCUGAGGGGCAGAAGCCCGUGUUCGGCUAUGGGGCCCGAGCAUCCACCGCACACAAGGGGCUGAAGGGGGCCCACGACGCGCAGGGCACGCUGUCCAGGAUCUUCAAGCUGGGUGGAGCUGGCAGCCGUUCUGGUUCACCCAUGGCAAGACGCUGA